AAUUCAGCGUCGAAGAAGAAGAGAACCCAAACAACAUGGCGGCACACACGGAACACGUUGAAACCGUAUCCACGGCGACAGAAACAGACAAAACAGAAGGUCCAGAACCCUCCAGAGACCCAGAAACCUCAGACUCGGAGCCUGCAGGUCAGGGCCCAGACCCCGAUCCCGAUGAGGAUGAAGACGAGGACGGAAGCGAGCCGCCCGGGCCGAGGAUCCGAGACACGCCGGAGGAUAUCCGACUGGAGGCGAUCGCCAACACGGUGGCGCUGCACCCGAGCCGGGACCUCCUGGUGUGCGGGGACGUGGACGGGGACGUGUACGCCUUCUCGUACUCGUGCACGGAGGGGGAGAACCGGGAGGUGUGGUCAUCCGGGCACCACCUGAAGUCCUGCCGCCAGGUGCGCUUCUCCGAGGACGGGCUGAAGCUCUACAGCGUGUCCCGGGACAAGGCCGUCCACCUGCUAGACGUGGAGAGGGGACAGCUGGUCACCAGGAUCCGCGGGGCGCACGGAGCUCCCAUCAACAGUCUGCUGCUGGUGGACGAAAACAUCCUGGCGACCGGGGACGACGGAGGCACCCUGAAGGUGUGGGACAUGAGGAAAGGGACGGCGAUCAUGGAUCUGAAACACCACGAGGAUUACAUCAGUGACAUCGCUGUGGACCAGGCCAAGAGGAUCCUACUCACUGCCAGUGGUGACGGUACCAUGGGCGUCUUCAACAUCAAGAGGCGGCGCUUCGAGUUGCUGUCGGAGUACCAGAGCGGUGAUCUGACCUCCGUGGCGCUCAUGAAGCGUGGUAAGAAGGUGGUUUGCGGCUCUAGCGAGGGGACCAUCUACAUCUUCAACUGGAAUGGCUUCGGGGCCACCAGCGACCGCUUCGCUGUCAAGGCUGAGUCGUUGGACUGCAUCCUCCCCAUCACGGACAACAUCAUGUGCACCGCCUCCAUGGACGGGUACAUUCGGGCCAUCAACCUCCUUCCCAACCGGGUUAUCGGCUGCAUCGGGCAGCACGUCGGCGAACCCAUCGAGGAGCUUGCCAAGUCCUGGGACUCCCGCUUCCUGGUCAGCUGCGCCCACGACCAGCUCAUCAAGUUCUGGGACAUUUCCAGUUUACCCAACGCGACUGUCAACGAAUAUCGUAAGAGGAAGAAGAAAGACGGACGAAUGAAGUCUCUCACCAAGAAAGCCCACGGAGACAACGACUUCUUCUCAGGACUUGUAGAGGAAACAGAAAAGAAGGAGGAAGAAGAGGAGGAGGAGGAAGAGGAAGAGGAGGACAGUGAUAGCGACAGCGGCAGCGAUUAAAAAGCUGUUCCACUUAGUUUCCUGCUCGUUAUGACUGUGCCUUUGAACAAUUUAGUCCUCGAUCAGUGAAUAUAAAGGUGUUCCAUCAUCCAAAGUGCCUCACAAUGUCUGGAGUAUGAACAUUAUGAUGGAUGGCAUCGUAGCAAACACGAGAAGACACCGAACUUCCCGGCAGUGUUGGUUUUAGACUUUGACCUUGAAACAAACCGCCACUCAUCAUUCUGUGUUUUCAACUGAAAACGUGAGCUUACAGACACAAACAUGGUUAAAUAAACAGGGAAUGUCCCAGAAGCAGAAAACUCUCUUUACCUCAAAAAUAUUCACGGUUACUGACCUAUGUGACGCUAACAGGCAGAGAGAAAUGCUCUGGCAGCACUGUUGGCUUGAAAGCCUGCAACCAGACUCCCGAGUUUUGCUCAGUAAAAUCCCCGUUUUGUCAAUGGAGUCUGGUAGUGAUAUAGAGAUGUUUCUGGUUAAUCUAAAAGGCUCUUACUCUUUAAUUAAAAGCUCUGUCUCUGUAGGAAUCCUGUCAUAAUGUUGUCAGACAUAAUCUGAAUCCUAUAAGUCAUUUACACCCAAAAAUGUGGAAAAUAAGGCCCAGGUUAAAAAACAUAGGUGCUAUUCUGUAUUCUGCAACAUGGAGUAUAUGUUGAGGGAGCACUUUAUUAGGAACAUGCUUUUCUGAGCCUUCUGUAUCAAACGCACCAGAAUUCAACAACACAUCAUUCAUAAAAAAGAGAACACUAGUGAAAAAAAUAACAAGAACAGUGAAAAUGACCUUUGUAAAACAUAAAAUUACAUUUUUGGCAAAAAAAACAAAAACAAAAAACAAAUAAAAAGCACAAAGCUUCAUGUCAA